AUGCAGAAUGAUAUAAAUAUAUCAUUGAAUUAAGACUAAAUUAAGCAAACCAUAAUGGUAAUAGGAUUUCAACAAUGUGGGAAGACUACUCUCUUUUAAAAAUUUACAGCAAUAAAUCAAAAACUUUUCCAAGAAUCUAAUAUUCCAGAUUACGAUAUAGAAUUAAUUGAUACGCCUUCCUAUAAUUCUUUUUUUACUUUAUAAACUUUUAGGGAUCCAAAAGUUACUGGAUAUAUAAUAAUAUUUUGUGAGCAAACUUCAGAAAUUAUGAAAUCGAUUAAGGAAAUUCGGAAAAAAUUAUUUUAAAUUAAUGGUUAACAUAAAAGGACCAUCAUAAUUUUUAAUGAAUUUACUUAUGAAAAUCAGUCAUCUGCAAUUUAAGAAGAAAUUUCAAAUAUCUAAUAUUGGUGCAAAUAAUAGGAUAUUAUAUUUUCGUAGAUUAAUGUAUUAAGAGCUACAUCUAAAGAAAUUAGUAAUUGUUAAUACAUAAAUAGUAAAUUUGUUUGAGAAGAUGUUUAUGAAGAAAAUACGAACCACUUUGUUCUAGAAAAUCUUUAUAAUAGUCUAGUUUGCGAUUGCAAUUUAUAUUUUUUUAUAUGCCCUUUGGCUUUCUAUUAAGGAUCCAUCAUUAAUUGUAUUAUCUUAUAAUUUUUGUUUUAGAUAAGCAAUGUAUCUUUAGAGAUUUACUGCUUAGCUUUGCUAUGCUUAGGGAUUUCAAAUAUUUUCAUUCCAUAUUUUUGUAUAAUUUAACAAUAUUCAUAGUGAGAGCAGGAAUUAAGGAUUCAAAUAAUUAAUGCAUUAAUAGAGUAAACAACAUUUAGUUAGUAAGUCCAAAUUUUUCAGUUGUUUAGUUACUGUUAUCUCAGUAAUAACCUUGAUUAUUGCCUCCAUGUACUUCAAAUUGCUAUCCUGCCUGAUUAUGUCUAUACUUUUCACGUUUAAUUCAGUUCUUUGCUUAUUUU